AUGCCGCAGCAACAGGGCAACAGUAUGUCUGAAGCCAAACCCAGCCAGCGCUUCCACAGUCUGAACGCUGAGCAGGUGGACGUUCUGCACCAGGUUCUGUCCGACGUGGUUCCGAUCCAUGGGCGCGGAAACUUCCCCACUCUGGAGCUGAGGCCGCGGGACAUCAUCAUCGCCGUGAGGGCCCGGCUCCAGCUCCACGGGAUCCUGGUUCGGGACGUGCGCCUCAACGGCUCCACCGCCAGCCACGUCCUGGUGCGAGACAACGGUACCAGCUACAAAGACCUGGACGUCAUCUUCGGAGUAGAGCUGCCCACCCAGGAGGAGUUCCAGGUGAUAAAGGAAGCUGUCCUUGGCUGCCUGCUGGACUGCCUUCCCCUUGGGGUCAAUAAGGAGCGGAUCAGCAGCGCUACCAUGAAAGAGGCCUAUGUGCAGAAAAUGGUCAAAGUUUUCAACGAACACGAUCGCUGGAGUCUUAUCUCUCUCUCCAACAACAGUGGCAAAAACCUGGAACUCAAAUUUGUCAGUUCGUUAAGGCGCCAAUUCGAGUUUAGCGUGGACUCUUUUCAGAUCAUUUUAGACCGCCUUCUUGAGUCUUACAUGGCACAAGAUUUGCAAAGAAAAGCUAAAGACAUUGACCUGAGAGAGCACCAGGGAGAUAAUCAGGCCAAGCAGACAGGCGCUUUCCCUAAACAAGACGAAAUGGAGAAGACUAGCCAAACUGCACGGACUGAAAGAGUGCACGAGAAAGAAUCGCAGACAGAGUUUUCUUUGCAAAACGACACUCUUGACCAAACAAAAGACUCACAAAUUCAAAAGAAAGAAAAGUUAGGUCAGGAGCUACCUGUGGAGCUGAAAGACAUAGCUGAACAUAGUGGAAAUGUCACGCCUGGCCUCCAGACAACUUCAAAUGAGGUUUCCGAGCAGGCGGAAGAAGCCGAGAAAACUCAAAGUGAGAUUUUGGACAAGACUGAAUGUCAGAAAAUGGCAGAACACUCAGUCCAAAGUACAUCAGAGGCGCUGGAGAAUCCCUGCACGCACCUUUUAGAAAUCGCAGACAAAACUCAGGAUACACUACCCGCACCACCCGGCCUUCUUCUCAUCGACAAAAAGUCCUCGAAAGCAUCGGAAAGACUGUCUUACAUGGUGGUGCUCAAACACUCCUCUCCAAAACCGCCCCGGAGAAUGUGCCGGAAAGUCCACCCAUCCUCCGUUUUGCAAACCGAAUCCGCCCCCACGGCUUCAACGGAUCCUUCCCCCUGUCCCAGCCCGGAACCCGAAGAGAACUUGACGUCUGAUAAACCCAUUUUAGAUUCGCCAAACGCAGAAACUUCCACCGCUUAUGAAAACGCCGAACCAAGCGUAGAGCUUACCUCAUCUCCAAACGAUUCAACCGAAAGUUCAUCUUCAGAAAUUGUGUGUGAGAAGGAAUUGCAAAACACCGAGCCAAACGCUAUCACGUCUAUGGAAAGUGCUACGAUACAAUUAGACCCCACUGACUUAUCAGAAGAAAAUUGCACUGAAAUCCAUAACCCAGUGGAAAAUACCUCAGACGAUGUGCUGAGCGACGACGUCAAACUUCAGGAAAUCCAAAUAGACGUGGGUGAAGCGGAAGACCCUCCUCUCGUGUCCUGCCUCGCUCCUCCGGUCCUGAGCUUUUCCGCCCCGUGCUUCACCCCUUCCUCACCUCCGAGCCUUAGCCCUCCCCCUUGCCAAACUCCCCCAUCUCUUUGCAUAAACACAAUGAGCCCUUCAACCAGCUUCAGCUCCGCCCCCAUGAGUUUCAGUCCUACCUCGUCCUGCUUAAGCUCUCCUCCAUACCUCACUCCCCCCAUGCUCAGCCUUAGCCCCCCGCCCACCUGCCUGAGCCCACCCCUCCUCUGCCUAACCCCCCCGGUGGACUCGGCAGACCUCGUAGUAGCUCAGGUAUCCGCAGACGAAGACUUGCCUUUGAUUCUCGAUAGUAGCGAGCAGUACUUGAAAGAACCCGCCACUCAGCAAGCCCCCCUUUUGGACACGGUGGAUGAAAAAGAAGAUUAUAUUUCAGCUCUGCCUCAGGGCUCCAAACCCGUGUCUUUCCCCAUCACUAUCCCCAAUGCCGCCUCAAAUGUGCUGCCUCAGUCUGUGGACCCUGAGGAAUCUGCUGUUGCUGCUCCCCCAGUGGCUGUAGCGCCCGUUGUUACGCAAGAAAGUAAAAAAGUAUCUCAAAAUAUCACUCCCAAACUGUGUCUGGAUUCGAUUGGCUCUGCCCCGGAUGUGGAGGUCCUGGCUGAAAGCAUGUAUGGGGAUUUCGAAGCCGCCAUGGACCACCUACGCUACAGAUUAAUAGCGACUAGAAAUCCAGAGGAGAUCCGCGGAGGAGGGCUUUUGAAAUACAGCAACCUGUUGGUGCGGGAUUAUCGUCCGGCCAGCGAGACUCAGAUUAAGACGUUGGAGCGAUAUAUGUGCUCGCGCUUUUUCAUAGACUUCCCGGAUGUGCAAGAGCAGCAGAGGAAAAUCCUGUCCUACUUGAAGAAUCAUUUUAUCGGAGAGGAGAGAAGUAAGUACCAGUACCUAAUGACGCUGCGGCGUGUGGUGGACGACAGCACUGUGUGUUUGAUGGGACAUGAGCGGCGCCAGACCCUCAACAUGAUCACGGUCCUGGCUCUCAAAGUGCUGGGCGAGCAGAACAUUAUUCCCAACACGGACCAUGUGACCUGCUUCUACCAGCCCGCACCCUACAUCACAGAGCCCAGCUACUGCAGCUACUACAUCCCCCAGGGAGGCUCUGCUCUGCUGUACCAGCCCUACCCUUUACACCUCCACUCACAGACUGGACUGGUCUAG